UCAUUCUCUUCAUAUUUUGACAAAACAAUAUCAGAUAUGUUUCGACGGAUUUCUUUUCGAUUCUCAGAUGUCGGACCAUAUGUUGAACAGGUUAUAGCGUACACAAAUCCACUUGGCAUAUUGUUCGGUUUGGGAGCAAAUGGUGGAGGUGUAAUGAUGAGUAAGGAUUUGGGGAAAACAUGGAUUUCAAUCAACCCAUUCAUGUAUCAAAGAACUUUGAAUACGUCGACUGAAAUCAUUACAGCAAGUGUCAUACCAUGGAUUUCAUCAACUGGAUCAAUUGACAAUACACUGUCUGAGUCAUUUUGCAAGAUGCGAGUGGCUAAUCAAUGGAAUGUAUGCAUCAACGCAAUUUAUGCAAAUGAACUUCUAUUGGAAGACUGGACUAACACCUGUCCAAACAUCAAGCCUUUUUAACCGAUCAAUCACUUUCAGUUGGAAUACAAACUUUGUUCAAAUAUUUGUGCCUUUUUAAUGUGUUCAUUUUAUGUUGUGUGCAGUAAUAGAACAUUUAGUUAAUUUUCUAUUAUAUUACUUAUCCUACAAUUAACCAUUUUAAAUAAAGUACAUAUUAAU